UCACCCUAAGGGUUAACACCUUGUCGUGUCACCGUCAAAGCGUUCCGGGUUCAGGGACAGGACAUUUGUUAGCUUACGGACUUGAAUGUUCUUUCCGUGUAAUAUUAAAUAUAUAUGAGCUUGUUCUAAUGGCUCUGUUCAUGGAGUAGUCGACUGUCAAAGUUCACCUGUGUGUACGCAGAUGUUCUCCACACAGUGUGUUCCGUCCCUGUGAGGCUCUUCUCAGCUGUUUGAAGCGUCUGUCAGCAGGAUGUCCCGCAGCGGGAACGAGUCCUGUCUGAGGGGAGCAGAGGACACCGUCUCCUUCCUGGUGUGUGUGUUCCAUCAGUGGGAGGAGUGGGCGGGCCUCGGUCAGUUGGAAGACUAUCUGAGUGUUUUGGAGUACCUGCUGUGGGUCUUCACCCCUCUGAUCAUCGUCUUCAUCCUGCCCUUCCUCAUCGUCAUCCUCCUUUACCUCUCCAUACUCUUCCUUCAUGUCUACAAGAGAAAGAAUCAGCUGAGGGAAGCUUACUGCAACAACCUGUGGGAUGGAGCCAGGAAGACCCUGGCUACUCUGUGGGACGGACAUGGAGCCAUAUGGCACGGUUAUGAGAUCCAUGGAAUGGAUAAGAUUCCGGACAAAGGCCCAGCGCUGAUAGUGUACUAUCAUGGAGCCAUUCCCAUCGACUACUACUACUUCCUGGCAAAAGUUAUCCUGCAGAAGGGACGGCCCCUGCCACUCUGUCGCUGACACCUGCUCUUCAAGAUCCCAGGUUCAAGUACUGCUGGAGGUGUCAGUGUGAUCCACGGCCCUCAGGAGGAGUGUGUGCGGGCUCUGAGGAACGGCCACCUGCUGGGGAUUUCUCCAGGGGGGGUGCGGGAGGCUCUGUUCAGUGACGAGACCUACCCCCUCCUCUGGGGCAAACGCAGAGGCUUUGCACAGGUCGCCAUCGACUCCCAAGUGGUGCGUUCAGCGUGCAGGCCUCUGAUAGACCAGCACCAGCAUCCGGGGAACAUCCUGAGAGCCCUGCUGGAGAGAUUCCACAGCAAACACAAAGAAGAACUAACCCCACAGCUCACAGACACACUGACAGUGAGGGACCAAGAGGACACACGAGGCUCCGUUGGGGCGGACCCUGACGUGUUGGAGUAAUUUGCAACAGCUGUCUUCAACCCGCUCUCCACCCGACUGAAGCUGCAGAGGUUCCUGUAACAGAUCGUUUUAAUCACAGGUUUCUCAUAUGUUUCCUUUUGAUCAACUCCCUUUUUAAUCAGUUUGAAUCUACACUUCCUGAUUUUGUGACAUUGGACUUGACAGUAAUCUUACCUCACAAUGAUUUUUAUGUUCUCAUAUAUUUGCCUUAAUUAAUUACUGUAUGGUCAGUUAAAUAUAAUGAAGGAUGGUAUUUUUCAGUUAAUAUGUAUGGGAUUCAGGCCAUUUCUUUACAAUUAUUUCUUUUUUUUUAAAUGUGAAAAAGGUACAUUUAUGUCAGCAAGAGAUUCAUACAGUUAAUACAUGUGGUUAUUCCACAUUUUGGUGUCUUUAAUUUGAAGCUUUAUGUAUGAACCAAAAUGAUAGUGGCCAUAGUUCAUACCGACCUAAAGCUACUGAAGUACAACAGCACAAUGUAGUGUGAAUGAGAUUAACUUGUACAUAGACUCAAACAUACAAAAGAGAACCGCAUUCUUUAUUAUAGACACUACACAGUGUUCAUUGCAUUGAUCAAUUCCACUUGUUUCCUAAAAUUAAUAUAGGCAGGCAGAUAACGCGUCAUUCCUCAGGCCUCCUUUUCUUCUAAUUUCCUGGAAAUUGACCCAAAAAUGUAAUAAAUAUGAAUCAGUUCUAUCCCUGUUAAUAGAACGGGCUGUUUAGGUUGGUUUUAUAAAUAUAGAAAAGGUUUCAGACAAAGACAAAGUUAUUUCCCCCUACAUCCACCAACAUAUCCUGUCCAUUCCCCCUAAUAAUUAUUGCUAAAUUAUUCGAAAAUGGUUCUAGGAAACCGAUUAAUUCUAUUGGAUAACCCAAUCAAACAAAAAAAUGAAUUAACCUGUAAAAAUAGUUCAGGCUCUCAGUUUAUGUUACAGUUGUAGUCCUUUCUCUAAAUGUAAGUUCAUCUCACACUACAGAACAUUCUAACAGAUGUCAUUUUAAUUUACAAGACUCCCUGAGACUGUCCUAAAAUGGCGAAGCUAAACUAGUUGUAAGUUAAUUUUGUUGAAAGGUGCUUCUAUUAUUUGGUUCAUUCGCACCAGUAUUAGUUAUAUUUCCAAUAAAAGGAUAUGUUUUAAAAUGAACCGAAUCACAGACAUGGAAGACACCUCAAUGUAGGAUUGAUUUAUUCUUCUUAUUGUCAGUGAGCCAUCCACUGUUAUGCUGUGUAAGGACUCUGUCACACUUUAUAUUGCUGUUGCUUGCUUCCAAUUGUAAUACCUUGAAUAUUUGUUAUUUUGUAACAUAUCAUAAGCAACCAUCUUGUUCAAAAAGUUGAUCAGCCUCAGAAUGAAUCCAAGGUUACUGUGAGGCUUUCUUCCUGUUUCAUGUGCACUGCCAUGUGAUGUUGGGACUGUAGAUAAGACAUUUGAAGACGUUACCCCUGCACACUAUUUUUUCGGUCAUUUUAUAGAUUGAAUAAUUCAUCAAUACAUUGCAAGAGAAAAUAAAUUAAUCAAUCAAUGAUGACAGUGGCAGUGGACUUUGUUGUGCCAUACAUCUAAAAAUGCACAAAGAUAUCUGAGAGAGGGCUUAUUAUCAGUCAAUUAAACUUCACAGGUAACAAACAAAGGCUAAAAUAACUCAAUUAAGUAAAAGAUGGAGACUUAUGCACUAAACAAUGAAACAUGCUGAGAUCAAAAAGUAUAAUGUAUUCAAAAUAGAACUAAAAGGAACCAAAGAGUUUCACUAAUACAAGUUAUUGGAGUAAACAGUUGACGGUGAUGUGGAAAAAAAAUGGUACUGUCCUUCAUGACUUAAGUUGUUAUUUAGAAAGAUGAUUUUAAAACAACCCGGUCAUUUAAACAUUGAUGUGCCCAAUUUAAACAGCCCUACAUCAAACCUUCAACAGAAGCACGUUAUCAUUGUUAUGCAUCAUUGGAAAGUUAUUUUUGUAUUUUGUAUUGUACUGCAUGUGGAGUUUUUGGGAUAACAUUUAUAAAAAACGUGUUUAUAAAUAUGCACAAACAAGUCUCUCUCGCUGAAAAAUAUAUCAUAUCCAAAUCUACUGAUGGAAGACUUAUUGGAUGCGUUUAUGAGAUGUAAAUACUGUGAUUCCACACGGCUUGGUUUUGCACACGGUCAGAAGUAUCGCUGCCAACAAGCUUCUGUGAGACCAACUGUGUUUAGUGGACGUCUAUCUGUUUGCUUUACUUACUCGUGAACUGGUUGCCUUUUCCACAUUUAUGUUGAUAGUAAUUUUUGAGAUGAUCUAACUUGUAUUUUUAAAUUAAUGUCAAUAUAUACAUGUUGCACUUUUAAAUAUUCAGAUCCACUUUAACCUGUUAAUAAAUCUAUUUAUUAA